UCUAUUUUAAAUACAACAUUAAAAGACGCUAAACCAAUGGGGUAUAGUAGCCAUAAUAUACUCCAAAAACAAAUCUGUCUUAUUACAACUUUAAUAAUGAGCCUUAUAGGGUAUUACUACUUCCAACAACAGAAAAUCAUUGUUAUACGCAUUAUACUUUCAAAACAUAUCGUUAUAGCCAUUAUUAAACAAUUAAUAAUGAGAUGCACCACAACUUUUCAUUCUUUCUUCCUUCUUUAUUAUGUGACCAACAAACACUAGCUGGUAGCGUAUAUAUAUAGGUGACAUAUCUUGAAGGAGAUAUAUUAUAAUAAUUUGUAAACUUCAAAUGGCAGGAAUCAGUAGUUGCAAGAAGGCUCUUCCUGCCUUCAAUGUCUCUCUGGUCCGUAAGCUGGGAGCUGAGUUUGUAGGAACGUUCAUCAUGGUGUUUGGAGCAACAGCAGCGCCCCUGGUGAAUCAAGAGCACGAUGGAUCAGCAGGAGCCUUAGUUGGAAACGCAGUGUGCUCGGGUCUGGCAGUGAUGGUGGUCAUAUUUUCGACUGGCCACAUCUCGGGAGCCCAUCUAAAUCCUGCUGUGACCAUCGCAUUCGCAACCUUCAAGCACUUCCCUUGGGUUCAAGUCCUCCCUUACAUAGCAGUCCAGGUUCUGGCCUCCAUAUCCGCCUCUUUCCUUCUCAAGGCAGCCUUUCACCCCUUCAUGUCCAGUGGACUCACCCUUCCUACUGUUUCCCUUCACGAAGCUUUUGCCGUCGAGUUUGUCGUCACCUUCUUCCUCAUGUUCAUUGUCACCGCUGUCUCCACCGACACACGUGCGGCAGGAGAAUUGGCGGGAAUAGCAGUUGGAGCUACCGUUAUCCUCAAUGUUCUCAUAUCAGGGAAAUCAACAGGUGGGUCAAUGAAUCCUGUACGGAGCCUGGGUCCAGCAAUUGCAGCUGGGAAUUUUAAAGGGUUGUGGAUAUACUUGGUGGCUCCACCACUAGGGGCUUUAGCUGGGGCAGCCACCUACACUGUUGUUAAGAUCUCGGAUAGAACACAAAAUCAGGUUCACGAUGACUCUAUUCGUCAGGACUCCGUUUCCGUAAUAAGUGAUAAUUAUCAGCCACAUCCCGCAGGUAACAUCAUGAUAUGAUCUGCCGUACGCUCUUUAACCCAAAAGGUUAACAAGUUCUUCAACCAUUCCACCAAGAUUUGAGUAUGUACCGUGUUUGAAUACAUAUAAAUUUAUAUAUAUAAAUAUAUUUUAUAUAUAUAAACAUACUGGGCUAUCAAAUCAAGCCUUGAAUGUCCAUUUCUAGUCACUCUAUAUACAUAACAACAUAAAAACCGCAAACUGGUUAAGGAUACGAACAAUAAGCAAAGUUGUAGUGGUCAGAAAGCGCUCUUCAAUAACAAGUACUGAGACCAAAUGAAAACCAGUCAUUCUAUUUUUUUUUCCCUUGUAGGGUCCAAGGUUGGGAAGGAUCUGGCCGUUUCUUCCUAUUGCAUGUGUUUAAUUUGCAACGUCAUUGUUUUCAUUUAUUAGGGGUUUCUAUCAUUUCUUCCUUCCCACCUCAAUAGCUCGGGGCUAGCUCGGGGUGUGUGGUAGCUUCUGUAAUCAGUCUCCUAGAAAAUUUAUAGUGUUCCUGCAUAAAUGUAAGGGUUGAAAAAAAAAAAGAUAUAUGAGCAUUGUAUUUGUUAUAAAUUAUAAUUUAAUAAAAUUGGUGGUUGUGGAAGGUUGAAAGGUGUAAUAUAGUUUUAUCUCUGUAUACAUUUCAUAAUCAAUAUAUAUUUUUAUUGUUAUUUAAGAAA